GCGGGAGGAUGAAGUUGGUCCACCAUGGUUUCUUUCAAGUCCAGGAGGAAUCUGAUGAGGGGGCGGGUCAUGGACUGGGUCACCUGUCCAUUCUUGCUGCCCGUGAUGUUUAGCUGCAUGGGCAUCUUCGGCCUCCUCAAGCUUCUGCAGUGGAUUCGCAUGAAGGCCUACGUGCGGAACUCCGUGGUGGUGAUUACAGGCGCUACCUCCGGGCUGGGGAAAGAGGCUGGUAGUGGCUUAUAUCAUUUGUGCCCACCGGGCAGCCCUAGGACUCUGAAAAGCAAGGACACAGAGCUCAGAUCACUGUUGCUCAGAUUUACUUGUUGUCUUGUAUUUGACCAGGGGCAGACAUACAAGCCUUCCACAGUGGCCUUUGACCUCACAGACCCUCCAUCCAUCGCAGCUGCUGCAUCUAAGAUCCUGCAGAGCUUUGGCUAUGUGGACAUCCUUAUCAACAAUGCUGGGAUCAGCUACCGUGGGACCAUCGUCGAUACCAAAAUGGAUGUAGACAGGAAGGUCAUGGAGACAAACUAUUUUGGCCCUAUUGCUUUAACAAAAGCACUCUUGCCCUCCAUGAUCAAGAGGAAGAAAGGCCACAUCGUUGCCAUCAGCAGCAUCCAGGGCAAAUACAGCAUUCCUUUCAGAUCAGCCUACGCAGCCUCCAAGCAUGCCACCCAGGCAUUCUUUGACUGUCUACGUGCAGAGACGGAGCAUGACAAGAUCGAGGUGACUGUCAUCAGCCCCGGUUACAUCCACACCAACCUCUCCUUAAAUGCUAUCACUGCUGAUGGCUCCAAAUAUGGAGUUAUGGACAAAACCACAACCCAGGGCCAAUGCCCUACAAUGGUGGCCCGGAAUGUUCUUGUUGCUGUGGGCAAGAAGAGGAAAGAUGUGAUACUGGCUGACUUACUGCCAUCCUGGGCCAUUUAUCUUCGAACUCUGGUUCCUGAGCUCUUUUUCAGAAUCAUGGCCUCCAGAGCCAAAAAAGAGCAGAAAACUAAGACCUCCUGAUGCUGGUCAGAGCCGACAGCUCCAGCCAGCCUGGCCAGGCCAAGCAGCACACCUCUGUGGGUGUGCUUGCUCCACAAGAAUAGCAUAUUAGUGGAGGUCUGUCUCCCAGGUGGGAAGAGACACGUCUGCAGGACUCAGGCCUGCUGCAGAGAACUAGAAGCAAGAACCAGCAAGCUUCUUCCCGGGGUGAGUGGCGAACAAAGAAUAAACAUGGAGCUGUGCUUUAACGCUAAAAUAUGAAAUAAAUGACUAGAAUGUAA